UCUUCUCUCUGAGCAACAGGAGUGGAGCUCCAGGAUGGUGAAGGAGGAGCCUCAGCCCUCUUACUUGAAAGAGGAAGACAAGGACCCACUCUUCCUCCAUUUUAAAGAGGAAGAGGAGGUACCAGAGACCCCACACUUUAUAAAGAAAGUGAAUGAUCCACUGACCCCCAACAUUAAACUGAACAAGGAGGAACCACUGACCUACCACUUUAAAAAGGAAGAAGAGGCGCCACAGACCUCCCACAUUAAAGAAGAAGAGGAGGAACACAGCCUUAGUCAGGAGGGAGAGCAUAUUGCAGGACUGAUGUUCCCAGUGACUGGUGUCCCUGUGAAGAGUGAAGAUGAUGAGGUGAAAGGUGAAAGUGAGGAGAGGGGAGGCGGGGAGCCUCCAAGCAGCAGCUCAACACAACACAUGACAACAGAAGCUGAUGGAGACCACUGUGGAGGAUCACAAGCAGACAAGCUCUUAGCUCCACUAUCAGAUAGUGAGGACACAACGUCACACUCUCCUGACACUGAUGAUGAAGACUCUAAAGAUGAUAAGACAUGUCACACUGACAACACUCACUUCACAUCUUCUCACUCUCACAAAACAUUUAAAUACCAUAGUUAUCUGAAAAGACACAUGAGAACACACACUGGAGAAAAACCUUUUAUCUGUUCAGUCUGUGGUAAACGUUUUGUUCGAAGUCACAAUGUGAAAGUGCACAUGAGAACACACACUGGAGAAAAACCUUUUAUCUGUUCAGUCUGUGGUAAACGUUUUGUUCGAAGUCCUAAUGUGAAAGUACACAUGAGAACACACACUGGUGAAAAACCCUUUUCCUGUUCUACCUGUGGUAAAGGUUUUAUACAAAGUCAAUAUUUGAAAGUGCACAUGAGAACGCACACUGGAGAAAAACCUUUUCCCUGUUCAACCUGUGGUAAAGGUUUUACACAAAAUCAAUAUUUGAAAGUACACAUGAGAACACACACUGGCGAAAAACCUUUUUCCUGUUCAAUCUGUGGUAAAGGUUUUACACAAAGUCAACAUUUGAAAAGACACAUGAGAACACACACUGGCAAAAAAACGUUUUCUUGUUCAAUCUGUGGUAAAGGUUUUAUACAAAGUCAAUAUUUGAAAGUGCACAUGAGAACGCACACUGGAGAAAAACCUUUUCCCUGUUCAACCUGUGGUAAAGGUUUUACACAAAAUCAAUAUUUGAAAGUACACAUGAGAACACACACUGGCGAAAACCCUUUUUCCUGUUCAAUCUGUGGUAAAGGUUUUACACAAAGUCAACAUUUGAAAAGACACAUGAGAACACACACUGGCAAAAAAACGUUUUCUUGUUCAAUCUGUGGUAAAGGUUUUAUACAAAGUCAAUAUUUGAAAGUGCACAUGAGAACGCACACUGGAGAAAAACCUUUUCCCUGUUCAACCUGUGGUAAAGGUUUUACACAAAAUCAAUAUUUGAAAGUACACAUGAGAACACACUGGCGAAAAAACUUUUUCCUGUUCAAUCUGUGGUAAAGGUUUUGUACAAAGUAACAGUUUGAAAGUACACACUAGAACACACACUGGUGAAAAAUCACAUUCUUGUUCAAUCUGCAACAGCAGCUUUUGUGACCGAUCAACCCUUGUAGCACACA